UCAAAUCAAAUUUUAGUUUUUAUUUCAUUUAUAUGUUAUAUGAAUGCCGAAAUAAUCUUAUUGUAAUGUAGGAACCGAUGAUAUAUUCCUUCAUUUACAGGAAGUCUACUUAUUUCGAUUAUGAUUCAAGAUAUCAAAAGUUGCUUUUGACAAUAAAAUAUUGUUCGUACGUAAAAACUUUUAGAUUCUAGAAAACAAAAUGAAGGUGUCGUUUAAAUUCUUUAUGUUUAUUCUUAUUUAUAUUUAAAUGUUAUUGAAGCCUCAAAAUAUGCUAAUUUACUGGUCCAAUGACGUACAUAUAUCUAAAAUCCCUCUCCGUAUUGCGACUAACCAUUUGUAUUUGGGGAACAAGUUGGACUGCGACUUCAAGUACCGACUAAGCGUCAGUUGUUUUCAAGUCGCCGGCGAGAGUGGACGCGAAUUCGCCAGUAUCGCUAUUAAAUAGUAUAUAGUAUAUAGUUUUCCUCGUCCUCCGCUAAUUCCAGUUCAAUUCGCGUGCAAUUUUUAAAAAGCAUUACACAACCAAAUCCAUUGUAAGAAGUGAACAUUAAAAAUCAAUGUUAUCUAAUCAAUCUGCAGUACAUAUGCCAAUCAAAUUGAUUUUAGUGAACAAGCGCGUAAGACGGCAGUGCGAUCAAAACAAAACGGGUAAUAAAUCAGCAAUCACACGAGCGAGCAUGCGUGCAUAAAAAGGAACAAUAACAAAAUCAAAAGCCACCAGCAAAAACAGAAUCAAAAUCAGAAAGACAACAAUAACAAUCGCAGCGCUGGCAAAAGUGUAUAAAAAAGUGUACAAAAUAUAAAUAAAUAUAAACCGCGCGGCAGCAAAGAGAUCCAGCACCCAUUCCCAUUCCAAUUCCGACUUUGGUGCGGUAGGUAAUGACACAUUCGGCAACCGGUGCACGUAUCUAGAUGCGAACGAGCAUACAUAGAUACAUUCGUAUCUGAAUCCGUCAGUGAAAAUCCCGUCACACUCGCCCCACCUUGCCACCCGCGUCGUUCAUUAAUAUAUGAGUUUUUGAAAGCGGCAUUAAAUAGCAAUAAACAAAUCAGUCGAAAUUCGCCAUGGAGCAGUCGCAAAACCUUCUCGCCAAACAGUCCAAAGAUGUGGAGUUUCAAGAUGUUUUCUACACCGUUAAACAGCGCCAGAACUUCUGGCGCGUAACCGGAGAGCGUCAAAUUCUGAACGGAGUAAGCGGCAGUUUCCGGAAUGGACAACUCUCGGCCAUCAUGGGACCCUCGGGAGCAGGAAAAAGCAGUUUGCUAAAUGCGAUUUCGGGUUUCAGACGCGACGGAGUCACGGGGAGCAUAAAGAUAAAGAGGGACAACGCCUGCUAUAUUACGCAGGACGAUCACCACCAGACUCUGCUUACGGUGGAGGAGCUAAUGAAUCUGGCCUGUGACCUCAAGCUGAAGCAUCGCCACAAAAAGGCGGAGAUCAUGACGGACAUCCUGGAGAACCUGCACCUGAACCACCGACGCAAUGUGACGGCGGAAAAGCUAAGCGGCGGGGAGCGCAAACGAUUGUCCAUCGCCUUGGAACUGGUGGACAAUCCGAACAUCUUCUUCCUGGACGAGCCCACCAGUGGCCUGGACGAGGUGACGGCGGCCCAGUGCAUCCGACUGCUGCAGGCAAUGGCCUACGAGGGUCGCACCAUCGUGUGCACCAUCCACCAACCCUCGGCGACCAUCUACAACUACUUCGACAGCAUCUACGUCCUGGCAAAGGGCCACUGCGUCUACCAGGGCAGUCCCCGUGCCACCAUUCCCUUCCUGCGACUGGCCCAGAUCGACUGUCCCAGACACUACAGUCCCUCGGAUUACAUUAUUGAGCUUGUGGAUGCCGAGGAUGGCCACCUGGUGCCUGCUUUGAGUGACCUGACCGAAAACGGCAAGCUGAUCUAUGUGGCCAGUCAGUCGGAUCAGUUGGGAGCAUCGCUGGCAUCUCAACAGGCUGUCACCACCAUGUUCGUGGAGCAGCAGAAGCGUCCCUUUCUGCCAGCCUUUUUCGCCGGCAGUGCCGCCUCCACGGAUGGAUCGCUAAUUGGAGGCACCAGUGCUCUGUUGGAGCAGGUGAAGGCCUUCUCAAGACGUCUCCAUACGGAUCGGCGGGAGGUAUCCGGAGUGCGACAGUUCGUGGUCCUUAUGCGGGUAAUGCUGCUGCGGAUAACGCGGGCACGUUUGGCCCUGACCAUUCAACUGUUCCACCACCUGUUGUGCGGUGUGUUCUUUGGCCUGAUAUUCUUCCAACUGGGCAACCAAGGUGCCCGCAUGUUCGACCAUCUCAAAUUCUGCAUUGGUGCCGUCCUCAUGAUUGUCUACACCCAGGUGAUGGUGCCCAUUUUAAGUUAUCCUGCCGAGGUGAAGGUGGUCAAGAAGGAGACCUUCAACCGUUGGUAUACUCUAACACCGUACUACUUGGCCUUGACGGUGUCGCGUCUGCCACUUCAGGUCCUCUUAAACAUCACCUUUAUGGCAGUCACCUACUGGAUGUCCGGUUUGCCCCAACAGUUUUGGCGCUUUUGCAUUUUUGUGGCUGUGGGUCUGAUGAUUUCCCUGGUGGCCGAGGGAAUGGGUCUGGCCAUUGGUGCCACUUUUAGCAUAACGAAUGGCAGUGUUGUGGGUCCAAUGCUGAUAGCACCUCUAAUGGGACUUGCAGUCUACGGAUUCGACUUUGCGCCGCAGAUCUCCGGCGGAAUGCAGCUUCUGAUGAAAUUCAGCUACGUGCGAGUGGGCGUGGUUUCUCUCAUCUUAGCCGUAUUUGGAUUCCACCGAGAGGAGCUUGACUGCGAUGAUAUAUACUGUCAUUUUAGCGAUCCUCGCGUACUGCUCAAAUUUUUAGACGUGGAGAAGGUCUCGAUGCUGCACCAGUUUGGAAUACUGGCCAUGCUGAUGAUCUUCUUCCGAGUUAUGAUGUACAUUAGCCUGCGAAAGCGAUGCUAUGCCUGAUUUUGAGACCAAUACUCCACAUGAAUCUUUCUCCCUAGUUAUAACCAAUGUCAAUACUGUGAUGUUCGAUUUUAAACAGACAGAUAGAUACUCCCUGUACAUAUGUACAUAUGGACCAUUCCUGACAGCACAAAUGUUAAUGUAGGCUUAAGAUAGAUUUAAGUUAGGACGCGGUUCACAUGAAAAGACAUUUUAAAAAUUCUGCAAACAUCGGAUAUAGUGAUAAUAGUAGUAUACUGAAAACCUUUCGAGUGUACAACUUUUUAGUAUUCAAAGUUUUGUAUUUAAAAAUUGUGUGUCAACUAAAAAGGCCUCAGUUCAGCUUUCUUUAUGGUUUGUAGAAAGCAGGUCGGCAUAUUUAAUACAGUUUUCGCGCUUAAGACCUGAAUUGUACAUAAAAAAAUAAAGAUUAUGUGUUUGCUUUUCAAUA